GUGUGUGCAUGUGUGCUCCUGUCCAGGGCGGAGUUUACCUGUAGUGAAUUCAAUACACAGGACACGAUUAAAAAAACACAUAAAGUCUCUGAAGACAGUUUCACCUGCGUUAGAUGAAAGCUGAUAUGAUGCAUUUUGGCAGCCUUCAUCAGUGUGUCCUCUUCUUCCUCAUCCUCACAGUCAUCACUGCUCCUACUCUGGCUUUCACUUCUGUAAUGGUGAAGCUGAAUCAGUCUGCUGAUCUUCCCUGUAAGCAGAACUGCUCUGGUUCUCUCCGAUGGACUGUGAUUGAUAAACCACGUCUUAUUGUGGCUGAGUGUAAUCAGACAUCAUGCUGGUCAAAGGAGGGGUUUAACAUGUCUCAUGAUCAGUACCUGAAGGGAGAUUUGUCUCUCACCAUCAAUGCAGCUGAUUACAGUAACAGAGGUUUGUACACGUGUGAAUGUGCUGGUGAAGAGGUCAAUACUGUACAGCUCAGCAUUGAGACAAGGAUGCUGUUAGCUAAUUUAAAGUCUGGAGAAGAUUUGAUCCUACACUUACACAAAUCAAACUACAUGGAGUUGAUUUAUAAAAGCAAAGAUUCACCUGAUCUGUACGGUGAACAGAUCUGCAAUGUGACUGAAGACUCACUUCAGUGUAAUGAUGAAUAUAAACACAGAGCACUACUGAAAGACUCAAUUAUAAUACUGAAGAAUCUAAAACCAUCAGAUAGUGGAGUUUACACCAUCCAGGACACACUGUAUAAAUGCAUCAAUCUUAUUUACACUCUCUCUGUGAAAGAUCCUGCAAGUUCCCCAAUAAAUGUGAAGCGUCAUGGGUCUGUUACACUCAAAUGCACACGGAAUUGUACUGGUUUGGUUGAAUGGACCAAAAAUAAAAAACAUGUGGUGGCUUGGUGUAAUCAGACAUCAUGCAACCCAGAGAAGGGAUAUAAUAUAUCACAUGAUCAGUACCUGAAGGGAGAUCUGUCCCUCACCAUCACUGAUGCUUAUUACAGUAUGAGGGGUUAUUACUGCUGCAAGUGUAAUGAGAAGUGCAUCAGUGAAUUUGAUGUCUCCAUUCAGACUGAGAACUCAUCAUUUCAGCUAAAGCCUGGUGAAGAUCUGCUCAUGGAUUUGCCCAGAAGAGAGUCAGUGGACGUGAUUUACAGAAGCACCAGAAGUUUUGCUGAUGAUGCAGAUGGUAAAAACAUCUGUACAUUGGAAGACGGUUCUCUGGAGUGUAUUGAUGCAUACACACACAGGAUAUCUCCAGUUCUCAAACUGGAACAUGUGAAACUGACUGACAGUGGAGUUUACACCAUCCAGAGCAGGAACAGUCAGGAAGCCUUUCUCAUCUACAACGUGUCUGUGGAAGAUGACCAGCCAAGACCAGAUGAGAAGAUUUCACAUUUGGUGUUAGGGGUGGUAAUUGGGCUGGCACCUGCCAUUGUCAUUGUAGUUUUAACUGCAUGCAUUUACAGGAAGCGCAGAGGGAACGAAGGUGUGAGGAAUGAAGAAAUUCAGAGUUCAUUAUCAUGCUGUUCAGUAAAUUAUUCUACAAAUAACAAUGACCCUCUCACCAGCAGUCAGCUGAUCAAUCCAGAAAUUUAAUAGAAAGCAUGAUGUGUUGAUUAUAAAUUAAUUUCUUUAUUUUUAUCUCUCUAUCAUUAUCAGUCUCACUGUAACCAACAAAUACAUUUCUUCCUGUACCUGUUAAACCCUGUUAACCAGAAAUGAUCUUGACAACAGAUUUUAUAAGUUUCCUCAACCAGUGCUUUUACUAGAAUGAGUUUAAAACAAACUCGUACCUAUCUAGCAGUUCCACUGAAUAUGAUAAAUUAGGUCUUGCUUCUUGAUGAACAGGACACAUUCUAACCUCUGGCAGCCUUGGGAUUGGAAUUGGCACAGUGAGCCUGUCUCUGAUGCAGUAAAUAAUUAAUAAGUAUGAUCUUUCUGUGAUAAAUGAAACUUUGAAUAAACUGUUCUGACCUUUUGUGAAUGUGAGUAGAAGUUGUUUGUGACUAUAGAGUUUGUGCAAAAUAUUAGAGUCAGAAUGAGCUGGUUCAGGGCUCAGAAUCAGCUUAGGCAGACCUUGGUAAGGUUCUCCUGAUCAGGAAAUGAUCUGGCAUGAUGUAGUUAAUGAUUGAUGAUGUUUUCUUUUCUUUAGUUUCUGUGUUUGAAUCAUUUUUAUAAAAUCUCAAUGUAAUGAAUUAUUAAAGCCUUUCCUCGCUCAUGUUCCACGAGGAGCAUUGGGUCCUGUUGUGCAGCAAUACAAUAAAUUGUGAACCUUUGUAAAGCUCUUA